CCCGUCACGUGACCGCCCCGUUGACAGCUGGUGAAUCAUUGCCAACACUAAUUUUAGAAUCGUUACGUAUGUUUGCGUUAAUUUUUUAGUUACAUAAACAAUUCCGCCGUUUGUGGGGCAAAAUUCCAUUGUGUUCGUGUCUAUAAGCGCCUCCGCGCCCCCAGACUGCCCAUCGUCGUGCGCAAACCCGCAAGAAGUGCUCCGUCAAAGUUGGUAAUCGUCCGAGUGAGUUGUGUCACUUCGUGUGGAACCUCUUCAGUUUCGUCAUUUUCGUGUCUCGAACGUCGUUCUUGCGGCUCCAGCAUGUCGUAACGCGGUGUUUAAUUGGCCCAGACGUCGUCGGUUGCGAUGCGACUCCGCGACCUGCCCCCGCAGUAAUUUGUUUAAAUAAUCAAAGUGACUUUGUCUGUCAACUGUCAACGUUUGAAAAUUAUUUAAAAUGUCCGAGGAUGGGUUUUCUGACUGUUUCGACGAACCCAACAUGGAAAUACAAAUCGACACCCUCAUGGGCACAUCGUUCGACAUGCGAGUUUCGGCCACCGAUACCAUUCGGGAGAUCAAGCAGCGGAUUCAGCGAGUCGAAGGUAUUCCAAUCCACCAACAGAACCUCAUAUUCCAAUCAAAAGAAUUGAAGGAUUCGCGUCGUCUGUGCGAUGCAGGCAUCAAAAACGGUUCGAUAAUCAAACUAGUGAUAGCGAUGAAAGGCGGUCCUAUUUCAACCCGUCGCUUGUCGGUCAGCUGCGAACACCACAUGAUGCUCAAAGAACUGAAAGAACUCCUCGAGAACACAAGGGACGAAAUCGGCGACAAACUAGCCCCGGGCUCCAAAGUAUCCGUGCUAGUAUUCAAAGAGGGCGACAUUUUAAACCUUCUCCGAGUGAUCGAGAACGAGGACGGUUCGUACUCGCCGUACAGCGAGAAACCCAUAUCUCCCCCCAGCAAACCGAACCGGAAGGAAAUCCAGACGGCAAUGUUCGAGAAGCUGGUGGAAGACACGGACAUGAUGGCGAAGAUAUCGACCCUGAGGAAGAAGAUGGAGGACGUCAACUUGAAGCGGCAGAUGAAGAACAGCAAGAAGGAAGGCGAGAAGAUGGGCUACAAGUUGUUGACGGAGUGCGGGAACGACAUCUUGGAGAACGUGGAUUUGACGAUUUUCGAGAAGAGCGUGGAGGAGGAGAGUCACAGCGAGAGCGAGGAGGUUGCGCUGAAGGACAAACAUCGGAUAAAGACGCGGAAGGGGUUCGGGAAGAGCCUGUACAGCGAGAGCAAGGGGGCGUUCUCGCACACGAAGCAGAGCUACGCGAGGAUACACAAGAAGACGAGGGACUUGAGGAGCGGCGAAGGCACGUCGAAGGAGUCGGAUUUGUGUCUUCCGCUGGCGGUUCCGAAGGGGAACACGGUGCACUUGACGCGGCUCGUGCUGUCGGAGGGGGUGGAGAGGCCGAAGAGCACCGACAGCAUCGAGCUGGAGGAGAACGCGCAGGAUCUGUGGGAGAUACACGAGCCGGCGUCCGAGCGCCUCAAGCACAGCGCCACUUGCAAGUUCGGGCUGCUGAAGCGGCGACAGAGCGUGGACUACUACGAGGACAAGGCCCCCAAGCAGGAGAUAGGAGAGUACGACUACGGGGAGGUCUGCUCCGGGAACUUCUUCCACCAGUUCGUGAGUUCGCCGAGCGCCAUCCCGCCGCAGUACGCGCCCAAGGAGCGCGAUCUGUGCGACAUCUACCGGACGCCGAGGGACUACUACCGGUCGCCGCUGUACGGGCGCGGCAGCAAGACGGAGGAGAAGCUCCCCGAGAUCAAGAGUUUCGGAUGCUCGAGCAUCCAAAGACUGAAGAACGACGAGCAGAAGAGCCUGAGUGAGAGUAUAUUGUCGGGUCACGACGAGAGUAUAGACGAACUUUACGGUUAUUACAAUUUAGGGUGUGCGACGGAUCUGCUGGGCGAGAAGGGGAAGAGCGAAGCUUUGCCUCCUGUGAUAAAGAAGAAGUCUAGGUGUAGCGAGUGUAAUAAGCGCCUGAAUAUCACGAACAUUUAUAAUUGCCGCUGCGGCAAGAUCUUCUGCUCGCAGCACAGGUACUCGGAGGUGCACCGCUGCAGCUACGACUACAAGAGCGAAGGAAGGAGGAUUCUCGAGCACCAGAACCCGUUAGUUACUGCCGACAAGAUUAACCGAAUCUAAAGAGUGCCUGGAUUUAUUUAUUUUAUUAUUUUUUUCUUCUGCUGUAUUGUCGAUUCAGCGAAAUAUACCGUUUACCUUUUGCUUCACUUUUGCGUGCUAGAGUUACGUGUAUUUCUUUCUGGUUAGGGAUGUAAAACGAGCUAGCGGCUAUAUAAUACAGCACACAGUGGCCAGCCGCUUUCGAGGUUUUUUCUUUGUGAUUUGCACGGGAUUGUGGCUGCGAUUAUAUAUUGUCACGAGGUUUUAUUUUUAAUCGUUGAUUUGAGUUUUUCUUCUUCGUUUCUUAGUCUAUGGUCUAACUUAGGGAAUGAUAUUUUUAUUCUUGCAUAUGAAAAAGUUCAAAUGUUCCUACAGUAAUGUUUGGACCGUCCUAAAAAGUUAAUAACACAAAACCGAAAAAAAUUCGUUAUGUAUACUUUGUGAUUAUACUGUGUUAAUAUUUUUAAUCGUUGUAAAUAUUUUCUGUAAAAUAUAACCCCACUUCGUAACUAA